UGGAUAGUCAGUAUGUCUGUCUCCCAGCACUGCAGCCGCCGGCAGAUCGAUAGCAAUUCUGUUGCAAGAAGAGAAAGGAAGGGUGACCCGUCGUUUCCUGCCUCACGCCUGCUGGGAAUUUGAGUCCCCUCCCAGAGCUGUCGCCACGUCCCCCGUGCCAGCCUCGGGGUGAGCGGCCUUUUCCCAAACGCCUGCUGGAAAUUUCCAGAGGCACCACAGUAGUCCUGAAACAAAAAGCUGCUGUUCCGCCCCGCAGGCGUUUCAUUUUGGGAUCUAUUGCUCCUGGCAGGCACGCCAUGCUCUGCUUCACGGACUGAAUUUAAUUAAGCCUCUUACGUGCUGCUCAUUUGGAGGGGUUCAUAUUAAAAUUAAUCCCAGCACUGUGACUUUUCCAUCAUGUCAGAACCUAUCACGCUCAAUGUUGGAGGAAAACUCUAUACCACCUCUCUGUCCACUCUGACUAGCUUUCCAGACUCCAUGCUGGGGGCCAUGUUUAGUGGGAAGAUCCCAACCAAGAAGGACAGCCAAGGCAACUGCUUUAUUGACAGAGAUGGCAAAAUCUUCCGCUAUAUCCUGAACUUUUUACGAACUUCUCACUUGGAUCUUCCUGAAGAUUUUCAGGAAAUGGGCUUACUGCGGCGGGAAGUAGAUUUUUAUCAAAUUCAGCCCCUGAUUGAGGCCUUGCAGGAGAAGGAGGUAGAGCUUUCUAAAGCAGAGAAAAACGCCAUGCUCAACAUCACUCUCGAUCAGAAGACCCAGACUGUUCACUUCACUGUCCGAGAAGCACCCCAGAUUUACAGCCUGUCUUCCUCCAACAUGGAAGUGUUCAGUGCUCAUAUCUUCUCCACGUCAUGCCUGUUCCUGAAGCUUCUUGGUUCCAAACUGUACUACUGUUUCAAUGGAAACCUUUCCUCAAUAUCCAGUUACCUGCAGGACCCAAACCACUUGACCUUAGACUGGGUUGCAAGUGUGGAAGGCCUUCCCGAAGAGGAGUACACCAGGCAGAACUUGAAGAGACUCUGGGUGGUUCCAGAUAAUAAGCAAAUCAAUAGUUUCCAGGUGUUUGUGGAAGAAGUGCUGAAAAUAGCCAUGAGUGAUGGUUUCUGCAUAGAUUCUGCUCAUCCACAUACUUCAGAUUUCAUGAAUAAUAAGAUUAUUCGCCUAAUUCGGUACAAGUAGGAAUGGCUGUUGUGGUGCUAGCAUGGAGAUAACACAGGUUAAGUGUUUCCCUUUAAAACACACUUACAGCCUAAUUCAGAAUCAUGUUUAUCUGGAUUAAGAGUCACUAACAAGGAGAUGAUUUUCCUUUAAUGUACUUACCAAUAUGACCUUCCAGAAUAUGUCCAUAUUCCAGACAGAAGCAAUAUUGUCUAGCGCCUGAAUGAAGGACUGGCUCUGUCUCUGCCUCUGCCUCUGACCUGCUGUACAAUUCUGGGGAAAAUCACUUAACUUCUGUCAUCUUUACAUUUUCCAGUUGGAAAAUGGGUGAUCCUUAACCCGCAUUGCCAGGGGAUGCGAGAGUUCGGUAACCGUGGUUUGGAAUGGAUGCAGUGGAAGUUACCGUGGAGCUGCAGUGCAGCAGACAGCCCUAGCAGCACAUUUGCCAUGCCUUGCUGUGCCACCUGGGCAGAGCAUUCAAGAAGCUUUGGAUCUGCAGAGGAGAAGCCUUCCCACAUGCACUAAAGACAGCUGUAAAGGAUGGUACAAGUUGCAAAUGAGUAAGGGAUCGCAUCUCUUUGGGUUCAACAAAGGAUUUCUGUGAAGCUGGCUUGGGUUUUUUUCUGAACCCUGUGAGGGAGCCCGUGCUUUAUUGUGCUUUCAGGGAAGCCAUGUUGGAAUAAUAUGACUGGCAAGGAAGCCAUAGAAGAGAGAAUGGUGUUAUUACAAACCAAGAAGAUUAAAUCUUUACUUUUACAUUCCAAAGGCAUCCAAGACAAGUAGUCCUUUUCUUUCUCUUACAAUCUUAAUAUUUGUCUGGAGGAUGCUGCUGAAAUUUUCUAAGGUGAAGACAGAUUUUGGGGCAGAGGACCCCAAAUGUCCUCUAAACAUUUGAGCCUCUUUUGGGCAUAUCUCCCUUCAGCAGUACCUGGAAUGCAUGGGAUGCUCUCUGGGUAGGAUGGAUUUAAUUUGAAAAGACAACAUUCUCACCAGGUUACACCUAAUAUUUUUCAUCACAAAAACAGAGGGUCGUUUUUCCUAUCCUGGUUCAUUAAGCCUUUUGUCGUCUAUGUGAAGUGGUCAGGUCACUAAAAGAAUUAUACCUGCUUGCUUGGCUUCAGUUUCAGCUUGCCAGAGGGAAAGCAGUGGGAAACCAGAGGUCAAACUGUUCCCUAGACACCUGGUCUGUGCUGUAAUGAAAAUCAUAACUCACUAGCUGCAUGUUGUCUCUAAACAUCAUUUGUGCCACAUUCAAGAUGGUUCUUUCUCAGCUAAUUAUGUUGAAAAGUACCUUAACUGUAUUUCCCUAACCAGAUUGCUAUGAGUGCAUGAGAGACCCUCUGGAACAUUUUCAGGAUCGUUAAUGAGAUAGAAGGGAAAAUGCAAUAACUAAGUUUUGCAUUUAGAGUUUUAGUGCUUCCAAAGGUUUCUAGCACAGGGCUGCAAAGCUCAAUAAUGCGAAUGUUCUUGUUUCCCAAAGUAACUACUCUGCUGUUACAUUAAGCUGACCUGUGAACAAGCAUAAAGAAGCUUUUUUUUCUUGUAAAAAACAGCGUGAUCAAUAUAUUUUUACUGUCCUAAACUGUGACUGCAUGAACAACACAAAUCAGCAUGCUUAUGGGUAAAAUGCACAUUCUGCAGUUGUAACAAACCAUUGCCCUUUGUCUGACUUGGUGCUAAACCAGCAUGAUAUAUGUGGGACCAUGUUGUCAGAAAGCACUGAUUGGCUUGAAGCCCUCAGAACCACCAAACAUGGCAAAUUUUGUGUAUUUUGAGGAUUGUAAACAGGAUUUUGUGACUAAAUUCCAGUUUGAGUCACCAUGUUCUUCUAUAUUUAGUUGCAUUAGGAAGAACUUUUUUUUUUUUUUUUUUUUUUUGCCCAUCCCAGUUCUGAAUUACAAAGCACAAGCUGGCCAGUCAGCUGGCCAUUGACAGCGAUGAUCUGUGCUGGUAAUACGAUUAUGAUCUGUAAAAUGAACCCUCUUUCAUCAAAUCUGUGACUUGAAACAGAUAUACCACUGCUGAAUUUAUGAUAACAGAGAUUUUGGGGACUGUUGACUGUAUUUCUUUUUAACCCACACCCUUGAGAGUAAAUUUUAAAUUAUCUCUAACCAGAGCUCUUGUAUGUCAUGACUAAAAUAAUACCAGUAGGAAUUUGUUUCCUGUCACCUUGAGUUUAUCCAAAGGUAAGAGCAAUGGGCUUAGAUCUCAUUUGGAAGGGUGGAGGUGGGAAGGUCUGACCUACACCCUUUAGAGCUCUGGAUCAGUACUGCUCCAUUCUGUUUCAGCAAAAUAAAAUAUUCCGUGGGAGAGGUGUAUCAUUACUGCAUUUUUCUUGGUGAAAGGCAAGUAAGAGGAGUCCGUAAAAUGAGAGAACUGGAUGCAGAUCUUUACCUGGCGUGCUUUAACCCAUCAGUCUGUUAUGCAGAAGAUGAACAAAUUGAAUACACAUUUAUUUGUGCUCAUGCAACUAGGACAGUAAAAGGUACAGCUGGCCCCAGAUCUCUGUCAUUUAUUAACAGACAUUGAGAUGUAAAAUAUCCCUUUUUAUAUACACAGAUAGAUGCAAAAUUUCCAACCAGUACAAAGACAUGAGUGAAGCCAUGCUUUGGAAGGAACAGGAAAACCUGAGGUAUCUCAAACUUGCUAAGCACAAUAAAGAUCCUUAAGUAUGAGGUACUAUUUAUACUGGAAAUGGAUGGUAAGUGAAUCACUUGUGAUUGCAGUCAAACAUAUGUUCUACAAAUGCAGCUGCUAUUUCAAACUCCACACUAAGCUCAAUUUAUAGCUGCUCCCGAAUUCUGCAGUCUGUGAGUUACGAUAUAAUGACUGUUUAUAGGAACAUUCUCUCUCCAGAGCAUUUGUUUGCAUUUUAUCUGAAUAGCUGGUUUUUGUUUGCCUUCUUUUUCUGAGCCCUGGAGGUGUAACUUGCUUUUGUUUACCAGUCAACAGCACUGAUAAUGAUUCUUCUCAAGAGUUUUCCUGAAUUAAAGAGAAGCAAACAUGCACAAAGCCAUGCUAAGUAUAGCACAACCCCACCAAUAGUUAUGAAAAGCACUUGGCAUUUAUUAGCAGUAAUAUCUAAAAAUGAUUUCACUGCUGAAUGGAGUAUUCACUCUCAGAACAAACAUUUUCUUUCCUGGAAAGGAUCUAGUGACAUUUUCUUCCCUUAAAGUUGUGUGACUGUUUUCUUCUACAUUUUGGUGCAUAAUUCCUGCUUCUGCAAUAUGCCUGUCUCUCUCAAUACCUUAGUGUACAAAAUGAGGCCAAGCCCUGCAAUUUUUUUUUAUUGGCCUCAUUUUUUUUUUCCUAAAUGACCACUGAAUAGAGUGUUCAAUAGUGUUAGAGGAGAAUAGCAAAGUUAGCGCAGAUGAUAAACAAGAUUUUAGCUGUAGUCUAAUGGCAUUCUCAGAUCUGGACAUGUGCACAGCACAGUGGUAUUUCUUACAUGGCAAAAAGACUAUUAUAAAACAUCUUAAUGGACUCCAGAAAGAAUCACUCAUGGAUCUCUUUAUGUGUUUUUAGGCUUGGUACUCUUAAAUAUCUAACCAUGUCCAGUUACAAUUAUGAGACUGAAACUGUAUAUAAAUAAUAAGAAAUACUUAAUUUAUACAGCUGUUAAAGGCUGGGAGGAGUUGAUGGAAGGAGUGUUUGUUUCUGCAGGCAGUGGUAAAGAAAUAAAAGAAAUAGUUAUAAAAAUGUUAGAUCUAAAAGAAUUCACAUAACAAGAAAUCCAGGAUUUAGAAGGGGGAAAAUAAAAUUAUCUUUAUGUGUUCAGGGGAAAAAAACCCAACCCAGCAAGAUAACAAUGGAGACAAAGAUUUUACUACAAAAGUCUGUGAUUAAAAUGAUUCACUGGUCCUUCCCAGGUUUAAUCUCCUAUUAUGCACUUUAAAUAUGGGUCUUGCCAAGACUUCUGCUAGUAGCUUCUCGGGAGCAGGCAGCUUUGCUUCCAUUUGCUUCGAGUCACCAAGCAUUUGCACUGCUGCACUUAGAACUUUAUAACUGGGUUGUUGGGUAUAAAUUGCUGCUUGAGAGCACUGGCAGCAAAUAUCUGCAGUCAAUCAGAUUUAUUCCCAAGAAUAAAAGGCGAGGUGGAAAGGCUGGUGGAGUCUGUGUACGAGGUUGGUGGAAGUGAUAAAUACUGCCUUCAGCCAUAGACUGUGGAAAAUCAGUCUAGGAACUUCUGAUACUUCACAGAUUAAUGAAGAAGUUAUGAAGAAGACUCCUCUGGGCAGUUUUAUUUUCACCCUAUCCUGUAGAACUUGGUGCCUCUGCUCAGACUUUCAGCGUAUUUUGAAACAUUUUAACUUCCAUUCUGCAUCUAGGUGCUGAUGGACACAAACCUGCGGGGUACAAGAAGUGCCAAUGUGGGGCCCUCCCAGGAACACUCUCAUAUGUGAGUUAGUAGAGGCAGUCACAGAUAGUCUGUGCAAGAAGGGCUGGUUGUGUAUACAUAUCCAGAUCAAGCUCAUGGGUUCACUUGGGAAUAACACAAGGAAUAUUUUCCCUGGGAAUUCAGAAAAAAAAAGGACCUACAGGAGAGGGCUGUAUCUAAUAAUUUAUUUUCUCCUCAUCCUCUGGGCAUUCCCCUGAGUAUUUUUACGCUCCAACUCCUAAUUAUGGAUUUUCCCAUUGAUCAGCAUUUGGACCCCAAUUCACUAAAAGCCAUGCUUUUGAAUCAGAAGUGUUUGAAAAGUGUGAAAAGAUGGUCUUUAUUGCUUACUACCUUCACAGAGGGCCUGCAGGGCUAUCCCAUUUAAAAAUCUGAUUGCAUUCCUCUGCUUGUAACUCCUUCUGUGAACUGUAACUAAUAUGUAUUUUACAUAGCAGUAAAUAAAAUGUGAAUGAAGCA